UCCGGGGUGAGCCGCAGACCAGCCCUAUUCGACAUGUUUAAAUCUCGACAGCGAGGUGAUGCCAAGAAGCAACCUUCAAUAAUGCAACAAGUCAGAGCUGCUGUACAGAGUAUGACAAAGUCGGGCACCGCAAGCAAGGAGUCCGUGAAGUCAGAUAAAGCAGAAGUGGUUGCUGCUCCGAGCACGUCUGCCACUCCGACCGUAAAAACGAAGGACGGCUCGGCUCAUCCGCAUCCUGGCAGCGAUACUAGGUACUACCACACGGUGACUGCGUCUACAUCACGUCGUCCGAGUGCUAUGGCUAAGGUAAUGGACAUCUUCCGCGGCCGAGGAUCCAUUUCUGGUCAGACCAUUCCUCUUGAGAAUGCUGAAAAAAGGAGAGCGGUGAGUACCUUUAUAUUAUAUCCAGUAGUAUAUAUCUAAAAACUUAUGUUAUAUUAGAAAAAAACCGGCCAAGUGUAAGUCGGACUCGCGCACCGAGGGUUCGCACAG